AUGGCUCCCGCAACUCUAACUGAGCUUGCUGGAGAGUCUAAGCUCAGCUCUAAGUUCGUCCGGGACGAGGACGAACGUCCCAAGGUUGCCUACAAUGAGUUUAGCAACGAAAUCCCCGUGAUAUCUCUCGCAGGAAUAGACAAUGCCGGUGGAAAAAGAGGAGAAAUAUGUCGUCAGAUCGUUGAGGCUUGUGAGAACUGGGGAGUUUUUCAGGUGGUUGAUCAUGGCGUUGAUAAUAAAUUGGUGGAGAAUAUGACUCGUCUCGCUCGCGACUUCUUCGCUUUACCUCCUGAGGAAAAACUCAAAUUCGACAUGUCCGGUGGUAAAAAAGGAGGAUUCAUAGUGUCAAGUCAUCUCCAGGGAGAGGUUGUUCAAGAUUGGAGAGAGAUCGUGACGUAUUUCUCGUACCCGGUGAGAAACCGUGACUACUCACGGUGGCCGAAUAAGCCGGAAGGGUGGGUGAAAGUGACGGAGGAGUACAGCGAGAGGCUGAUGGGAUUGGCUUGUAAGCUUCUUGAGAUUUUGUCUGAAGCUAUGGGACUUGAGAAAGAAGCACUUACCAAUUCCUGUGUCGAUAUGGACCAGAAAAUAGUUGUUAAUUAUUACCCAAAAUGCCCUCAGCCUGAUCUCACACUCGGACUCAAGCGUCACACUGACCCUGGAACCAUCACUUUGCUGCUCCAAGACCAAGUCGGUGGUUUACAGGCUACACGAGACGAUGGGAAGACAUGGAUUACAGUUCAGCCUGUUGAAGGAGCUUUUGUCGUUAAUCUUGGCGACCAUGGUCACUAUUUGAGCAAUGGGAGGUUCAAGAACGCUGACCACCAGGCUGUGGUGAACUCCAACUCGAGCAGGUUAUCCAUAGCCACGUUCCAGAAUCCUGCGCCAGAAGCAACCGUGUAUCCGCUUAAAAUGAGAGAAGGAGAGAAGCUGAUCCUGGAGGAGCCAAUAACGUUUGCCGAGAUGUAUACGAAAAAGAUGGGUAGAGAUCUCGAGCGGGCUCGCCUCAAGAAGCUGGCUAAAGAAGAACGUGACCACAAGGAAGCUUCCAAGUGUCUCAGCCCAAAGGAAGCUGCCAAGCCUCUGGACCACAAGGAAGCUGGCAAGCCUCUCGACCAAAUCAUCCCUUAG